UUCCCCUGCACUGCCCUCUCAAGUGGACUUGGACUUCAGUAAACUCCCUGUGCUUUCCUGCUUCUGUCUCGCUUUUGUAUUUUUUCUUACAUGAAGACAAGAACUUGGUCACCAUUGCUCUGGGUUGAGUCUGCCUCAGGAUAUCCCUGAGAGCCUUUGGCAACACAUGGAGCAAACUGAAGACAGGAGUUUGGAGUCAAGGAGACAGAGGUUCCAGGAGAUGGGAAGCAACCUCCGAAAGUUAACCUACAGGAUCACCUCUAGCUGCUGCUGUGCCACAGACACAGCAAAGUCCACUGCUGAUGAGCCCCUUCUCAGAGGCAAAAAACAGCAAGAUCUCCAAGAGAUGCUGAGAGAAGUAGGACUGGAGGUUGAGUACUGGUUGCCCAAGCUGCAGGAACACCUGGGUGUGACCUGUGCCCAGGCCUUACAACACCUAGAAGACAAAGACCUCCAGCAGCUGAAAUCCCAGGCACAAUAUCCCUGGGAGAAAAGGGCCCUGGAGAAGCUGCUUCUCCUGCCACACCCAAUUAGUCUUUCGGAGUUCCAGGAGUCACAGGUGGAAAUGAUAAAGGAAAAGCAAAAGAAGACAGAACAGGUGCAGCAGGAAUUGAAAGACUUGCUGUUAGAAGGCAGACAACAAGAAGAGGCAGCGAGGAAAAGAGAGGCAGAGCUGAGGCAGGUGGUGGAGAUCCCCAAGGAGUACUGGCCACCCCCUGAAAACUCCCUAAGAGAAGUCAUGGGAAACAUGGAUACACAACUCAACCUCACGGAGGGGACACUGUCUCACAAGCAAAACCUCCCAGAUAGAGAUCUGGUGAGAUGGGCAUCUGGAGGGCUGGCCCUGCAGGGAAUUUACAAAACCAGAUACCAAAGGGACCUUAUAGAGAAGAGAGAGGCACUACUCAGUGUCCCCAAGGACUUCUUACUCUUUGGCCCUCAGCAGGGCACACAGAUGGACACAAAGGAAUUUAAAUCUACUCAAGCAGAAUCUAUGUUUACCCAGACAAUGGAGAUGCUGGGCUUCAGCAUAACUUCUUCUGCCAAGGGCGGAGGUUGGGGAUUUAGCUGGGAAACUGGUAUGGAUCACAGCAAACAUUCAGAAUCCAAGGAAACCCAUCAAUCGAGUUCUGAUCACUCUUAUUUCUGCUCUACUAAGUUCAUCUAUUUCCCACUCUCCUCCUUCCACUUUCCCAUUGAUCAGCUCCAGUUCUCCAAGGCUGCUCUCCAGGAAUUGAAAUGCAUUGAAGAUAUCCUGGGUCAGCCUGCAGACCCAGCAAGAGUCCUCUUGCUAAGGCACAAGGCUGAAGCUUUCUUCCACAGGUUUGGCUCUCAUGCUAACCAGGGCCCUCUGCACCUGGGAGGAAUCUACUGGUGGAAAGCCAUUUCAGAGGGAUUCCGAAGUGAGCAGCUGGCAGAAGUGAAAGAGCUGUCAGCAGAAUCCCUGAAUAGUUACGUAAGGGGCAGCUACAGUGGUUUUGGAGUGAACGUCGCUGCAGGUGUAGAUGUGUCAGACUCACAUUCAAACGCAUCCUCCCAAAUCACAACCUGCCAAAAUCUUCAAACCAAAAUCCAACUAUCUGUGGCCCACACAGGGGGCCCACCAGAAGCAAAUGGCUUUCUGCAGUGGAAAGCUGGCCUAGUUGCCAGUAAUCAAACCUGGUGUGUCAUUGACCGGGGACUUCAGCUGGUGCCCAUUUGGGACAUCAUCCUAUCCAGGCACAGAACAGAUUUUAAGGAUCCUCUUCAGGUAGCUAACUUGCUAAAAGACAGCUACACUGCUUUGACUGGCGUCACUGCCAAGAUCCAGGAUGGAGAAUUAUUAAGUGUUGGGAAGGAGGUUAGGGUUUUCCUAGAGGAAGUGAAAUCCUGGGAGGUAUCUGAUCCAGAAGAGAAGCUUAAAAAGCUUAUAAACUUCAUGCAAAUGUUGAGUCAAAACAUUGAAAGUUAUGAUGCUUGGGUUAACAUAUGCCUCACAGAUUAUAGUCUGCAGAAUUUUCUGAUAAACACUGUUAACUUUUGCAAAAAGUCUUCCAUUUAUAAAACCAAAUUUGUUAAAUCUCAGUUGUGCAGCCUUUUGAAUCCUCACAUCUACAGAGUGACAAACUUUCCUCAGGCUCAUUCCAUCAUGCAGUGGAUCUUCCAGCCAGAAUCAGAACAAGAGCACAGCAACAUUUCUGAGUUUUCUGAAUUGAUUAAAAUCUUAGAGGAAACGCAGAAUGAACUCUGGGAAGUGAAGGCCAAAUCUGAAUCUGCAGAAACAGUGGAGGAAGCUCAAAGAAAGGCCACUUACAAGGUGAGCUUGUCUCUUGGCUGCUUCUUAAAUUACCUCCAAGAAACAGAGCAGCCAGACACACAGCUCUUGCUACUUAACAUUGCAGCUGGUGCAGGAUAUCAUGUGGGAAACCAUAGUUUUGAGUAUCUCCUGGGGUGUGAGGAGAUAGACUCCCUUCUGAAUGAAAUGCAAACUGCCCAAGAUAAAUACCAGGAGCUCAAAACUAUUUGCACCUACAGGGCUCAGGCAUUCCUGGUGCUCACAGGACUUAGAACUACUGUCGGAGUCACAGCUGUGUCUCCAGAGGAGAAAACACAACGCUUGGCAUUAAUAAGACAACACAUGGGCCAAUCUUUAUCUAAAGAACUGGUACAUGUCCUCACCAAACUUGAAGCAGAUCAUGAUUGGGAAAACCUAGAGAAAGACUUGAGAUUGCUCAUUGAUGGGAAUUAUGAAGCCACCACCUCUUCACUGCAAAUGGAUGAGGUGAGAAAAAAUUUGCAAAGCAUCUUCCAUGAAAAGAAAGAGCCCCAUGAACCACCUGAUAAUGAAAACAGCAAACAGGAAGAUGGAGCCUUCCAAGAGUUACUCCAGCGUUUAGGCCUAACACAUUACUACCCAAAAAGGAUGAGCAAAGCUAACUUCCACGUGAUCUGCAAGGCUUCUGUGUACAACAGCCAGCCCAGUUCUGAACAGGAGAUUCCCUUCUAUUUCCUGCAGAAGCUACUGAUGCUGGAUUAUGGGCUGAGAUACUUGGUCUUCAGAGAUGAUGAAAACAAACAGAAUGAAGUCUAUCCAAGUGCCUUGAAUCAGGAAAAUGAGGCUUUUGAUCCAUAUGAAGACUUGUUCGAAGACACUGAUGCUCCCACUAAUCCUUCAGCCACUAAUCCUAGGCCCCAUAUUCAUCCUAUGGAUAUUCAGAUGGCGAUUCUUCACUGUGCAGAUGAUUUUGCCAGACAAUAUAUUAUGGGCAAACUUGCCGUUUGUCAGUUUGCCCUCCCCUUUCUCAUACCUAAUCCCUGUAGUUCUGAAAUUGAAUUCUCUCUCUGGUCUCUCCGUCAAAUUAGAAGAAGCUGGCAAGAAGCCAGGAAAUCACCAAACGAGAAGGACAAUUACAAGAAUAAGCAGAUGUGUUGUGUCUCUACCCCCAUUGUGUCCUUUAUUAGAGUUGGAAAUGGCUUCUCUGCUUCCAAAUCUCAGAUCAUGAACUGUCUCCUCAGUAAACGUAAACAUGAUAUCUUUUUUCACCGACACUGCAUAGGGAGCAGCAAAGACUGUCUCUUGAUGGGAGGUGUGGUGGAAGUCUGCUGGUUCUGUCCUGGUGGAGAAUAUAAAGAUAGAUUUGACAACUGCCUGACCUUCACCAAUCUUCAUGGAGAUGCAAAGAAACAUGAGAAGCAACUCACCUUCCUGCAGGAGGUCUCUUCUCUCUUUGUUGUCCUCAUGUCAACUUCAGAUGAAAAUAAAGAAAACCGAAAAAUUGUCCGUGACCUGAGUCAAUCACAAAGACCUCUGAUCUGCUUGCUUGAUAACAAAGAAAAAGCCAUGGCCAGUAACUCUAACCAGAAAGUGAUCAUUGGGAUCAAGAACAGAAAUGAGGCGGAAUUAACAGAGGAGCUCGCUACGAUAAUCAGACGUUUGCUAGAGCUCUCACACACUGCUCUGAGCAUAGAGGACUGUUCCCAGAUUGCUCGCAAGCAAGGAUUCCUUAUUGAUGAAGACCAGAGAGAUUGCAGGGAAGCCAGAGAAAAGGCAGAGAUCCUAAUGGCCCUUCUGAAAGAAAAGAAGAUAUCUCAGGUGAAGGAAAACUUACUACCCCUUCAGGGACAACUAUGGCACCUUUGGUGUAAAAAGGACAAAGAACUCUAUCACCUCAGAGAAAAGGGGAAUCGGAGCAUUGAACAACACAAAUGUGAGAUUCAGACAGAAAAACAAAGAAUACGACACCAACAGUUGACCAAAGCCUUUCCUCUCAAUGAUUUAAUGCGCUCUGUCCUUGAAAUUCUCCAAAUACAUUCAGAAACUCACCCCACACUCUAUUUUUUGCAAUGGCUGAGUAUGUGUUUAGACAACCUGACUGCAGGACACUUGGAAAAACUGAAUGAAGAGAAAAAAUCUGUAUGGUCUCUGAUAGAAACAGAAAAGCGAAAAGCACCAAAUAGCAACAACCUGAAAGGUUGGCAAAAUAAGAUAGAAGCUAUCUCCAUACAGAUUGAUGAAUGUACCUUGGGAAUUGAGCAACUUCUCCGAGAAUUUGGCCAGAUCUAUGAAGCUCUGGAAGAAACUUCUUCCACAAAACAUAUCGUUUUUCUCUCCCUUCCCCAGAUUGCUGCAGAUCUAAUGAUAUCUGGUGUUCCCAUUGAGCUGAUGGAUGGGGAUGCUUCCUAUGUACCUCUAAAGUGGGUGACAGCUCUUUUUGACAAGCUCUCUGAGAAACUUGGAAACAAACGGCUCUUUGUUCUCUCUGUCCUUGGCCUGCAGAGCUCAGGGAAGUCCACCCUGCUGAAUGCACUUUUUGGGCUGCAGUUCACUGUCAGUGCUGGGAGGUGUACCCGGGGGGCCUACAUGCAGCUCCUGAAGGUGGAGGAGACAUUCUCAGAGGAAUUUGGCUUUGAUUUUGUGCUUGUUGUGGACACAGAAGGACUUCGGGCCCCAGAACUGAGCAACAAAUCUAAGAAUCGUGACAAUGAGUUGGCAACCUUUGUCAUUGGACUUGGAAACUUGACUCUGAUCAAUAUUUUUGGGGAAAAUCCAUCAGAAAUUCAAGAUAUUCUCCAAAUCGUUGUCCAAGCCUUUUUGAGGAUGAAGCAAGUAAAAAUCUCCCCAAGUUGCCUCUUUGUCCAUCAGAAUGUGGGGGAAGUUACAGCUAAAGACCAAACUAUGGAAGGACGAAGGCGCUUAGAGCAGAGACUGGAUGAAAUGGCAGCAAUAGCGGCUGAGCAAGAACAAUGCUCAGAUAUAACCCGCUUUAGUGAUGUCAUUAAGUUUGAUGUCAAUACUCAUGUCUACUACUUUGCUCACCUCUGGGAUGGCAAUCCCCCAAUGGCCCCUCCCAAUCCUCGCUACAGCCACAACGUCCAGGAACUGAAAACUAGAAUUCUUAUGACUGCCAAACAGGAAUCCAGGGGGAGCAUCAUGAAGAUAUCAGAUGUAAAAUCACGAGUUCAAGAUCUAUGGAGAGCCCUGGUGAAUGAGAACUUUAUUUUCAGUUUCAGGAAUACCCGAGAGGUCAUGGCCAUGAGCAAAUUGGAAACCAUGUAUAACAGCUGGACCUGGGAGCUGAGGAGCCAUGUGCUAGGCUUACAGAACCAGCUGAUAAACCAGAUUCAGAAUGGAAAGGUCCAGACACUCAGAAGAAGCAUAAUUGAGGCUCCAGUUGCAGAAAAAUAUGAAGCCAUCAAGCAAGAACUUGAAAAAUAUUUUAAUGAAGAUCCAGAGAGUGAAAUACUGAUUCAGUGGAAAGCAAAUUUUGAAAAUAAGCUAAUGACCCUAAAAGAGUCACUUACUUUAGAUAGCCAAAGAAAGGUUGAGCAACUUAUUAAUUAUAAAAAGAGUCAAGAAAGACUGGAUAGUGAAAAGUCACAUUAUGAACAGGAAUUAUUGGAAAAAAGCCGAAAUUUAGCUUUAACUGUGAAGGGCAAGGAAUUGAGGGAGGAAGAGUUACAUGACAUAUUCAAAUCAUUUUGGGAAACACGGAUCAAUGCUUUGUCCUCAACUCUCCCUCCAGUCACAGACCCUAACAUUGAUGUGGAUUCUGAAGACAUCCUUUUAGAGCAUUUUAAAACGGAGAGAGACAUGGUGAGCAUACUUAAGAAAUAUUCUGGGCAAACAUUUCAAGAAAAUUAUGAUGAACAUGUCCAGAUGAGCAAGAAAUAUCUCAUAUUUACAAAACAAUUAGAAAAACACGAUAAGGAGUCCAUAAAGAGGACCACUGAGAACAUUAUUUCAAGAUUUACUGAAUACAUUAAAAAUAUUCAAGGGCAACAAUAUGAUUACAAUCCAAGUUAUUUCCAUAAAAUCCUGAGAAUAAUAGAAGAGAUGGUGAAAUCGCCCCCCACUGAGGGUAGAUACACAUUUACAAGUAAAUAUAAAAUUGACUUAUCUUUGUUUUUAUUCCGAAGAGCAGCAGAGAAUUUUAAGGAGAUGCACAAGGCAUUCAAAAGUUCAAAUGAUCCUGUAAACUAUCUGGAAAGCAAGAAAGAUGAUUUCUUCAUGAGUUUUAAGAUCUCUUGUCAAGGAGCAAUCUCCAUCAAAUCAUUGGUUGAUUUUCUGUGGAAAAAACUCACACCUGCUGUCUCUACCACCAUGUGGCAAAACAUGGCCCUUCGAAUUGCUAGAGACAUACAAUCUACCUUCCCUGCAUUCAAUGGAAACAGAGCUAACCUGGAGAAACACGUUCUCAUCUCUCUGGCAGAAAAAGAAAAUUUUGAUGAUUACUGGGAGUACCUUCAUAAGCCAGAAUCAUGUUUUAGGAAUUACAUUCAAACCCAAAUUAGAAGAUAUUGUUCAGACAGAGGAAGUAAAACAAUGAAGAUUUUACAAAGAUGUUUAGAUGACAUCAAGAAUGUCAUCCUCUCAGCUAUUCAUGAAUCCACAGCAAUAGCCAAAGAUAAAAGCAGCACUAUGUCUAAGUGGUUGGAUUUAUUCUGUGAUCACCUGGGAAGUAACUUGAUCUUUCCACGAAAUGACUUGAAAAGCAUCGAACACCAGGAGAUAAAAGAUAUUGAGUUUCUCAAAGAAGCCAUGACUGAAGUUUUGGAUCCCUCAAUGAAGACGGUAGAACAGAUGUGUUCGAGUAUGCCUGUAGAAGAAAUUGUUCCUGAAAUCCAGAAAAUGCUCUCUGACCAGCUCUGUGGCUGCUGGAAACAGUGUCCCUUCUGCGGAGCAAUUUGUACAAACACAGUCCGCACACAUGACGGAGACCACAGUGUUCCCUUCCACCGUCCUGAGGCUCUCACUGGAACGAAAUGGCAUAGAACAGAAGAGUUUGCCAUUGAGUACUGUACUAGUUCGGUAGCAAGUGAUUGUGCAUUUAUUUUGAGUGAGGACCGCAGAUUCCCAUAUAAGAACUAUCGACAGGCAGGAGGGGACUAUGCCACAUGGAGCAUCACCCCAGACUCAUCUACCCAGCCCUACUGGAAAUGGUUUGUCUGUCGCUUCAGAUCAAACCUAGAAGAAAAAUAUGAGAAAAAAUUUAUAGGUAGAGGUAAAAUCCCUGAUCAAUGGUUCGAAAUCACAAAGCAGGACGUGCUUGAUGACCUGAAAAAACAGUAAUACUCAAUGACCACAAGAGUACGAGAAUGUGAACAAAAGAAUUAUAGUACCUGAACAAUCCUAAGAGACCUCCUUCUCACAACGAGAAUCUUCAUUAUUUCCAUUUUUCAAAUGAAACAUCUAAAAAUAAGUCAAUUAACAUUGCAAGAGUAGAUUUCCUUUUGGAAGGAUUUCAUUUUUCUUCGUCUCAAUUCCUUCUGGUCUAAAAACAGGUUACUAAAAUAUAUGAACAUAUGAUAAAAAUAAAAUAAAAUUCAUUUAAAAUGCCUACUUCAUAUUUUAAACUAUUAUUCAGAAUUUUCUUUUAUUUUAAAACAUGUAAAAUUAUAUGAAGUCUCAAAAAAGACAUUUUCCUACAGGGAAAUCAAAAUCAUUGAAGCCUGCUACAAACUUCUAUAGAUUAACUAUUAAUAUAUGAUUGUUCAAAUCAAUAUACAGUUCUUGGCUAAAAGGUACAAAUUGCCUUUCUUAAAGCGUAUUUUUAUACCUUCUGAAAUUGUGAAGAAAAGUUACUAACCCUUGAAUGAAAAAAUAUUCAUGGAAAGUCCAUAGUGAUAUAUGGACAUAUUCUGUUCUGGGAAAGAACACAAGGGACUUGACCACGAUAGAGCCUGCAUCAAUUCAGGAAACAUUAUCAAGCAAAUAUGGUAAAUAGAAAUCAAGUAACUGUUUUUUUCUCAUCUAGCCAUACCUUCUUCUUCCCUGGUAUGUUGGCAGUUCCCUGUGCCUGCUUCUAAAAAACAUAUGGUUCACAAAGGUUUAGGUAUUCAAAGCCUGGUGCUUUGUACAAAUCAAAGAAGGACUAGCUUUUAUGACCAGUUGAAGGAGCCAUUUUAAUCAUGGCUACGGACAAGGCCUGAUUUCAUUAUGCUAGUAAUGAUUUUAUAAAGUAUUCCUUCAAGAAUAAAAUAUCAAAGAGUAUACAGUUUUUAGGUUCUGAUAUUUCAAUAAAUUAUUUUUUAUGUUACAAUGGAAGGAAUUUCUUAUCUCUAAAACAGUCACCCUGUGACUCUUCUUGCUAUUUGAGCCAUAGGGUCAUUAUCAGAAUAAAAAUAAAACACACUCUGAAGCCAACCAAAACCCUGAGAGGGGAAAGAAAUCACCAUUCUGCAAUCCUACACCUUCUGAAACAAUGACUUAUGUUAGGUUCUCAAAGCUGAUGAUCUAAAGGAAUCUUGACACAAAGAAGAAAAUCUCUUCAUGUUAGACACGGGAGCAUCUAUGGCUUCUACUUACAUGGAAGGGGUAUGUUUACCCCUCCAUUGCCAGACAAACAAUCUAUGGCACCGCAGUCUUAACUUGAAUCUUCAGAGCUUGGAGACAGGAGUACUGAUUCUGUCCUGAUUCAGACAAGAUUCUGCUAUCUUUAUACCCUCAAAGGGCUUCAAGCAUACUCUCAGUUUGAGGUCAAAUGACCCAUGUAUCCAGAAGAAAUCUUGAAACAGAAAAAUUAUAGAGGAAACAAGUGUUCUUGUACAGUAUGGUUUCCAUUUUGUUCUCUGGAAAAUAGUCUCAGUAAGAGUUAAAAGGACCUCAUAGGUCCAAUAUGAUGAUGUUGAAAUGGUGACACAAACAGAACCGCUGCCGAGCAUGGUGCCUGUCUCUCACAUCACUGCAUCCUUGAAAACUGCAAUAUUCAGUUAACAUUUGCUGAGUGCCUUUUGUAUUUGUUUAAAGAAUCCAUAAUGGCUCCUAACUAAGAAGUAUCAUAUAUUAUAUAUUAACUUUGAUUUUCAAGCCAACAUUGUUAUGUAUAAAUAAAAAA